AUGGCCUUGUCAGUCUCCUCUCUGAUGGUGAUGGUGAUGGUGUUCUCUGGCCCCAUCGGCUCCCUCAGCUGUGACCUGCCUCAGAGCCUUGACUCGGGAAAGCAGGAGACCUUGACAGCUCUGGCCCAAAUGGGGACCAUCUCCUUUCUCUCCUGUCUGAAGGAUAGGACUGACUUCAAAUUCCCCCAGGAGCAGCUGGACGGCAGACAGCUCCAGAAAACUCAGGCCCUCCGUGUCCUCCACGGGAUGCUGCAGCAGAUCUUCAACCUGUUCAGCUCAGAGGGCUCCUCUGCCACCUGGGAGGAGGCCCUCCUGGACAAACUCCUCGCUGGACUUCAUCAACAGCUGGAAGACCUGGAGACCUGCUUAGUGCAGGGGGUGGGAGAGGAGCCGUCUGCCCUGGAAACUGACAGCACAACGCUGGCUCUGAGGGGGUACUUCCAGGGCCUCCAUCUCUACCUGGAAAAGAAGAACUUCAGUGACUGUGCCUGGGAGGUGGUCAGAGUGGAAAUCAGGAAGUGCUUCCUCUUCAUUAACAAGCUCAUCAGAAAACUCAGGAAUUAA